AUGGCAGCCCCAGAAGUCCACCACGCAUCCCUGAAUGCCACAUUCAAGGGCAUCGAACGAAACUAUGAAGGUUUACCGAUUCAUCAAUUUCUAGGAAUCAAAUAUGCCAGUGUUCCUGCACGGUUUGAAAAAGCCAAGCCCGUAGAGGGCUUUGCGGGGGCCGUUAUAGAUGCUACCAAAUAUGGUCCACGUUGUCCCCAGGCUGAUGUGGAUGUUCGUCAUCUUCUCCGAAUCCCUGAGGACUUUGUUAUUGCACCGGAGCCCGAGGAUGAAUUCGAAUGCUUGAACCUGGAGAUUACUUGUCCUCCAGUAUCGACUGCGGACCCUUUGCCCGUGCUCGUCUGGAUCCAUGGUGGUUCUCAGAUUGUGACUUUUUGCUCAGCUGCUUCCAAGAUCUGUGAUCCAACAAAAAUUAUCGCGGAUUCCAUCAGAGCGGGAAAACCUAUGAUUUUUGUGUCUAUCAACUACCGGUUGAAUAUCUUCAGUUUUGGCGAUGGAAAAGAGAAGAACCUCGCUCUCAAAGAUCAGCGGAUUGGUAUUGAUUGGGUGCGCAAGAACAUAGCCUCAUUUGGCGGCGACCCCAGCAAUAUCACUCUUUCAGGCGAAAGUGCCGGAGCCAUCUAUACCCAUGCGCAUCUGAUUACUGGACCACCAGUUAAGCGGGCGGUAUUGGCUUCUGGAACCCUUUAUCUAUCAUCUCCUCUACCAGUCGAGAGGGGAGAUGGACUGAUUAAAGCGUUGGAUGCCAAAGUUCAAGAGUUGGGCCAGUCUUCACUUCGAUCCUCCUCUGUUCCUGUCUUGAUUCAGGCGCUCAAGGAAUGCAAUGUGAACACCAUGUGGAUCCAGGAAGAGCCAGAAUUGGAGAAUUGGGAGACUAGACCAGAACAAGUGGAUGAACUGAUGAUCGGCGAUACCGAGUAUGAGUCAGUGAUCUGGCGCAAUGGUGUCGAACUUUUGGAUGGCGAGACCAUUUCUUCCGCAUUCAACCAGAACCAAGAAUGGGGAACAAAGCUUCGCAAGAUGUAUCAAGUGGUGGCCGAUCGCCCGACUGCCGCCAAACUGGGUGCCUUGGAUAUUGUUAACGAUGCACGAUACACCUUGCCAGUCGAAGUAGUCUCGGAGAAACUCCGGGCUGCUAACAAGCUCGUUUACAACUAUGUUGUCGAUCAACCCAAUCCAUGGCAGCCGUCGAGUCGCGCGCACCACGCCGUGGACUUACUCUUCUUAUUUGAGGGCAUUGAUCUCGGGUUUAAUCCCGGCGCACAGACCGUGGGACACGAGAUGCGCCAACGCUGGAUUGACUUUGUGUCUGGACAUGCCCCUUGGUCUAAUGACAAGCGAUUUGCGUAUGGACCUGUCGGAGAGUGCAAGGAAAUUAACAAGACACAGUUCUCUGCUCGUCGGCGAGUCGAGCACUGCCAAAUUCUCCGAGAAGCUGGUAGUGUUGUCUAUAUGCCCAUUUUGGGGGCCCUCACGGCUGGGCGAAUUAGUCUCCUGAACUAG